AUGGGACAAAUACUAUCCAACCCUGUAAUCGAUAAAGAGAACCACUCCGGCGCGGACUCGCUGACCGCGUUCGGGCUAUGUGCAAUGCAAGGAUGGCGGAUGUCGAUGGAGGACUCGCACAUUCUAGAGCCCAAUGUCAUGACGAAGUCGGACAAGGACCACAUUGCGCUUUACGGUAUAUUCGACGGCCACGGUGGCGCGAAGGUGGCAGAGUACUGUGGCAACAGGAUAAUGGACAUCCUACUGGAGCAGAAGUCGUUUCAAAAGGGAGACCUGCCAAGGGCUCUGAUUGACACUUUCCUACACACAGACGUGAAGCUGUUGCAGGACCCGAUCAUGAAAAACGACCACAGCGGAUGUACGGCCACGUCCAUGUUGGUAUCGAAGUCGCAGAAUCUGCUGGUGUGCGCCAAUUCCGGUGACAGCAGAACUGUGCUGGCCAUAGACGGCAACGCCAAGGCCCUCUCGUACGACCACAAGCCCACGUUAGCAAGCGAAAAGUCGCGUAUCGUGGCGGCAGACGGGUUCGUGGAAAUGGAUAGAGUGAACGGCAAUCUGGCGCUGUCCCGCGCCAUCGGCGACUUCGAGUUCAAAUCCAACACCAGGUUGGGCCCCGAAGAACAGAUAGUCACGUGCGUGCCCGACAUCAUCGAGCACACCCUGGACUACGACAGAGACGAGUUCGUGAUCCUGGCCUGCGACGGUAUCUGGGACUGUUUGACCUCCCAAGACUGUGUGGACCUGGUCCAUCUCGGCUUGCAAGAGGGAAUGACCCUCAACGAAAUAUCCUCCCGCAUCAUCGACGUAUGCUGCUCACCAACCACGGAGGGAACAGGCAUCGGCUGCGACAACAUGAGCAUCGUGGUCGUUGCACUGCUGAAGGACGGCGAAAACCCGGCAACCUGGGCCGAUCGUAUAAAGGCCAAGCCCCGCCACUCCACCAUCCGCUCCUUCGCGGACAAGAGAAGAAGGGUUUUCAGCUACUACGAUUUCUCCAAGAGUAAUGACGAACAAGUCUUUGCCGUCACCACCAAAAGGCCCCAGGACAAGUUCACCAGGGACCACGAGGCUGCAGUAGCCGCCGUGACUGCCGCGGAUGCGGACGCGGACGCGGAUGCCAUGGAAAUCGACGACACAGACGCGGACACAGACGCAGAAAACCUGGACCCUUCAAGCCAGUCUAAGCACACCAUCGACCUGGCGUCGCUCGAGGCCCUGCUGGGUGCCACAGGCGGCGUUAAGACAGACGGCGCCGGCAACAAAGUCACUUACACUCUUCCCCCCUCCGCGCUGUCGCAACUGCUUCAAUCGAUGGGGCAGGAUCCUAGCGCCCUGAUGGAAGCCGCCAACAACCAUGGCGACUCGCAGCCGCAGUGA